GUGUUCUUUUUGAAUCUGAAUUCAUGUAAACAAGAGUGCGUUGUUCCUGUUUGUUUACCACAUCUGUUUGACAGAAUCGUGUGUCAGUCCAAUGUCAAAUGCUCCUGGCAAGAGCACCGAAAACAUUGAUUACGAAAUCGUGCGUUGGGAUGCGAUGGUAACAGAUCCCCAAACUUUGUUAGUGCUGUUUGUUGGUGCAUAAUGUUGGCAGCCACUGUCCGUCCCUUUGUGGUUCGGCCACUGCUGUUGCCCGCUCUGCGCUUGGUACGCUAUCGCAGUCAGGAUAGCCAAGGGUCCAACAGAGCACCGAAACCCUCGGUCAAACAUCCGGACACGAUAUUCGACAAGAUCAUCAAGAAAGAAAUCCCUGCCGACAUAAUUUACGAGGACGAGAAAUGCGUUGCUUUCAACGAUGUCUCGCCGCAAGCUCCAGUGCAUUUCCUCGUAAUACCAAAGCAAAAGAUUGAUAAAUUGGAAAACAGCACAUCCGGUCAGGUGGAGGUACUUUUGCUGCUGCCCAAACGGCGCUCUCCAAAAGGCGACACUCCGAGUGCGUCUGCUGCUCCAGACAUAUCGGAACCAUCUACAUCCGGGAAAAUACCAGGGGACAAAAGUUCGACACGGAGCAGCGAAACUGAACCCAAGGCAGACACAAAUGUCCCCAAAACCAUGUUCACCAUCAGCCAGCCCGAGUUUAACGAGGGGACGAUGGCAGGCGAUUCACCUUGCUCCACACGUAAUACGCUCAAGCUGCGUAAGGACCAUCACAACCGUGUGCAGACUCGCGCCUCACCAUACCUUAAGAUACGGCCGUCGGCCCUGCUUACGUCUCGGUUUCUGGAAGCCGUCUCUCACAAUAACACGGAAAAGGUGAGGGAAAUGAUACAGCAAGGUAUGUCCCCAAAUACGUACGAAAGCUAUUUCAAUCGGUCAGCGUUGCACAUUGCAUGUAGUAGAGGCUUCCGUGAUAUCGUGCGAAUUUUGCUCGAGAAUGGAGCAAACCCGAACAUCAGGGAUAAAAAUAUGAACACCCCGCUCCAUUUGGCCUCCAGCACGGAAAGCGUCGAGAUAGUGCAGCUGCUGCUCGACUACGGCACCAACGUACUGUUGCGCGAUUCGAAUGGUCUGCUAGCGCUGGACUUUUCUAUCGGCAAGCUGCGUCUGUCGGAGCGUAUCAUAUCGAAGAUGCAAAAACUAACUCAGAGCGACAUACACAAACAUCGGGAAAAAACGGCCGAAGUUUGCGAACGAAUCUUUGCCAUGUUUAAGCAGCAGAUCAGAAAUAUCGAUCCAACGAAUCUAGGGUGUGAUGAGGCCAGGCUGGAACAGAUGCUGAAAGAUUUCUCCGAACAGCUUGAUAAGGUACGACAGCGCAAAAUAGAUCUCGACUCGAUCGUCGAUCAAAUCAGUAAUCUCAAAGUGAAGAGUGAGAUUGAUAACGAUGUCAGCUCGUUGCUAUCAACGUUGCAACAGUUCACACUUUAAGCAUGACCAUUAUUUCAGUGGCAUCAUAUUCCGAUCGUGGGCGAGUAACAUUCCCCGUAGUUUGUAUCUAUGUAUUCUAUGUUCCUCCAACCUAAUGUACAUAUAUGGUAUCGUUUACAAUAAAUACUGGUGGACGUAUUUCGAAACACG